UAAGAUCGCUUAUUUCAUUAACAAAUUAAAUCACUCAAUCAUGCAGUUUAUUCACGUUUUUACAAUUUUAGUGGUACCUGUGCUAUGUGUAUUCGCUAACAAAAGUGAUACACAAAACUCGAACGUUACAACAAUAGCACAAACAGAAAUAUCGCAAUCGGUUCCCAUAAAUAUUAAUGGAAAAAAGUAUACUUUUCAUGGAGAUCCACAGGUAUGGAAUGAAGCACGAAAAAUUUGCGUGUCAGAAAAUGGUCAUUUGGCAAUCAUUAACUCACUAAAUGAAGCACAAACUUUAUCGGCACAGAUAUACGUACAUCCAAAGGUAUUCAGUGCCCCAAACAUAGAUCCUAGUCUUAGGGGAACAAUUUUAAUUGGAUUUCAUGAUUAUUUCAAACAAGGAGAAUAUGUAACACUUGAUGGUAAAGGUAUCGAAUAUUCAUAUGCAUUUUGGGCACAAAAUCAGCCGAAUGAUAAUGGUGGUACGAACAAAUGUGGAGCAUACGUUAUAGGUGGUGGCUUGAGGGUUGUAGGUUGCAACGUAAAGGGGCCUUUCAUUUGUGAAAUUGAAGACAGCGCGUGUAGGAAUUAAUUAAUCCUCAGAAAGAAACGAAAUAAAUACAAGAAAUUUGAAGAAGGGUAUCUUUAAAUACAGUGAUUACAAAAUGCAGAAGUUGAUACAAUAAGAACAAUAGAAAAAUAAUUUGUUUAAAUAGCCGGUAAACCCAGUUGUUCAAUAUCCACAAAAACAUG